AUGAACAGAAGGUUCGGGUCGGCAUUUACGAGGGAGGCCGUCCAACCUAAUCGUCUAUUCGCAGACCAUCCGCGCAAUGAUCGGCCAGACAUGAAAGUUGUAUCUAACCACGCUAGUCAUCAGCCGUUUCCCGUCCAUGGGCAGGAUCGAGACGUUGCGGAGCUGGAUGAGUUUGAUAACGAUUUCCUGGACCGUGAAUUGCAAGAGCCAGACCAGCUCGACGCUUUGUUUGGCCCCGGCGGCGGUGAAGAUGAUUGGAUGGAUGAGAUAGACGUUUCCUUAUUCGCCAGCGACGUGGCGGCCACUGGAUUUGAUGUGAACCCGAAACCGAACCCCGCAACCCCUGUUGUCCCAUUUGCCACCAUCGAUGGACGACGUUAUUUGAAGCCGUGCUACUCGUACUCGUGUAUGAUCGCCUUGGCGCUGCGCAACAGCAAAACGGGCAGACUGACGGUAUCCGAAAUCUAUGCAUUCAUGUGCGAGAAUUUCCCCUAUUUCAAAGCGGCGCCUUCGGGGUGGAAGAAUUCGGUGCGACACAACCUUUCGCUGAACAAGUGCUUCAUGAAGAUCGAGCUGGAAACUCUCGGGCCACAGGGACGGAAGGCUUGUCUAUGGAUGAUUCGCCCUGAAAAAGCGACAAAAAUGGAGACCGAAUUGUUGCGGUGGAGGGACAAGGAUGUCGAUGAUGCGAUUGGGCCCUCUACAAACAUCGAAGCCGUUUUGGCCGGUACCUUUGGCGUACCUCGCGAAGACCGUACAGUCAUGGAGAUUGAAAAUCAGCAAAAGGCAAGCAAUGAGAUCCUGCUCGCCAGCAAUUCGGGGAUGAAGCACGACCCGGAUACGCCGAUAAUGAUCAAGACCGAGACCCGCCCGCUCAGCACCAUCAAUUCGCACCCGGGUCCUUCGAGAGCCGUCCUCGACCUGAAUGAUCGUCUGGGGAUAACUUUAUCCGAGACGAAGCCGCCGCUUCGGAUGUCGUCAUCCAAUCCAUCAUUCCCAGUCCGUGUAGCCGAUCGCCCACCGAAUACCUUAAACCAAGCCGGUCCCUCAGUCGGCCCUCGACCGCCGCCGCAUAAGCCCAACAUUCUGCGGCGCUCCACCGCUCUGCCGGCCGUCAACCGUUUCCGCAUCCUGCGAUCCCCGGUCAAAGGUCUCGGCCAAUUGAUGCCGUCCGACCUCUCGAGGCUCGAGAUCACCCCGAAGAAAGAAGACGCCCCGCUGGCCGGCAAGUCGCCACAGAAAGAGGGCCGCCAAAUUAUCGCCUCGCCAGUUCGCGACAUCCUCAACCCGUUCGGUUUCAUGGAAUCGGCAGUCUCGGACAACACGUUAAUGGACUGUGCCCUCGAUCAAAGCCCAAUGAAGGACGCGCCCGUCUCAUUCAGUGCCGAUCUGGUCUACCGC